AAGGUGAGCUACGUCGAAGAUGGUGUAGUCAAAGAUGUUCCACCAGCUGGCGUAAUUCCGCUUCGGGCGCUCGAUCACGACAAAGAGUGUUACUUCUCUGAUGCAUCGCAAAAAGAUCGUCUUGCUGUGAAAGUAUUGAAGGCCCCGGAUUCGAAACAUGCUUCAGCAUGGCAAAAAGCCGAAUUCGAACUUGAACAUCUUGAUGACGAAGGCAAUUCUACUGGAGAAAAGCUCAAGUAUGUUUUACAUUAA